UGGCACACACACACAAGAUCUCACAGCUCCUAAAUGUUGACUACACUCGUUGCAAAGCGCAACAGUUGAGAACACUUGGGAUAUAAUGUAUAGAUUUACAUUGCGCGCACCGUUUGGAUUUACCUGAGUUGCGCAUAGUUGUCUGACCAGUCCUGCCUCAAAAGUAAGAAAGGCUUAAGUGAAGUUUAACUGAAAAAAGAGAUGGAAAACUACAACUUGGACGAGAGUACAGCAUCUGCAGACAGCUAACGGUGCCUCCGACCCAUAACCCAUUAAAACAAUGGUAUAGGGGAUAGAGACAACCAGCAGACCACAGCAGUUGGAGAGGCUGAAAGUUGUUCUUCAAAGAUAUCUAAGAGUAGGAAUGUCUGUUUAACAGUAGUCCUGUUUGCUUUGGAUCCAUGUAUAUUCUGCCUUUAUAAGAUGACGGUCGUCAUGUGCCGAUUCUUGAGGUGUCUUUUUGGAUACAGCUACUGAAGGUUGGUUUCAAGGAGUCAGACUCUGACAAGAGACCUGGGAUGGCGGGCACAGACAAUAGCAGCAGUGGCAGUUGCUUGAUUGAUGAUUCCUUUAAGUACAACCUGUACGCGGCUGUCUACAGCGUGGUCUUUGCCCUCGGACUGAUCACCAACUGUGCCUCCCUUUUUGUCUUCUGCUUCCGCAUGAAGCUCCGCAAUGAGACCACCCUUUUUAUGACCAACCUGGCUGUCUCAGACUUGCUUUUCGUCUUCACUCUGCCCUUCAAGAUCUUUUACAACCUGAACCGCCACUGGCCCUUUGGAGAUGAGCUUUGCAAGGUAUCAGGGACGGCCUUUCUCACCAAUAUCUACGGCAGCAUGCUCUUCCUUACCUGCAUCAGUGUGGACCGCUUCCUGGCCAUCGUCUACCCUUUCCGUUCUCGUUCCAUAAGAACCAGGUGCAAUGCCGGGAUUGUGUGUGCCGGGGUCUGGCUGCUUGUCCUGGGAGGUGGGAUCUCUGUUUCUUUCUUCUCCACCACCAUUGUGUCCAACACUAGCACCACCUGCUUUGAGGGCUUCUCCAAGUCAACCUGGCGGACAUACCUGUCCAAGAUCACGAUCUUCAUUGAGCUGGUUGGCUUCCUCAUCCCUCUGCUCCUCAACCUGGCUUGUUCUUCAAUGGUACUCCGGACGCUUCGCAAGCCUGCCACCCUCUGCCAGAUUGGAACCAACAAGGAGCGUGUGCUCCGGAUGAUUGUGGUGCACGUAGCUAUCUUCGUGGUCUGCUUCGUUCCCUACAACUCAAUCCUCUUUCUCUACGCCAUGGUGCGCUCCCAGGCAGUGGCCAGCUGCAGACUGGAGAGGUUCGUCCGGACCUUUUACCCCAUCACACUCUGCAUCGCCACCCUCAACUGCUGCUUCGACCCUUUUGUCUAUUACUUCACCUCUGAGUCCUUCCAGAAGUCCUUCAGCCACGGCAAGGUACAGCUCAAGAUGGACAACGCGUUCAGGAGCGAGGUUCCCCUCUCCAGCAAGGACAGUCUGCCGUCCAUUCAGGAGGAAGGGGUGGUAGCUGACAGGACAGAAGUCAAUGGCAGAAAAUUAGUAUUAGAGUCACAGUUCUGAUCCCAAAUGUUAAGCAGGGAUGGUGAGACCCAGUCCUCCACAACAGGAAAGAUUUAUUAAAAACAAGGCAGGAUGGACUUUCUGAGAAGCAAAUAGGCCUGGCCAAAAACAAAAUGAGUACAUUAAAAGGAACUUUCUUUGGGGAAGGGAGAAGGGGAUGGAACUAGCAUGUGAUUCAUGUAUUUUUUACAGGUGAUUAUUACACAAAAAAUACAGUAUGAAGUGUCUUACUCAACCAUUAAAUAUCUAAUUGCAUACAUAGAACUUUACUAUGGUCAAUUAACAGUGUGAGUGCUUUCCCAGUGUUUAUAAUGUAGUGCACUUGGAUUUCAUUUUGCUAUGAUUUUAACAUGUUAUACCAUACAGCAAUAAGAAAAAUAUUUAAGAUGCAAGGUCUUUUUUUGUUAACACCAUGGGAAAUACAGAUAAGCAUGACAUUAUUGCGCUCUGUGGCUUAAAGUGUGACUAAGGCUGUUUCCAUGGCAACUGCUAUGAAGGAGGAAACACCCAAACAAAACCAGUGAAAGCUGAUUGGGGACAGCCCCCCACACCCAGAGCAGUGUCUUGCAUAGAAUCUAGUUUCUCACUUACUUGCCACUGAAAUAAACAAUUUGCACAAGCAACAGACCUAACAGCAAAUGCGGGCUAUAUACAGUAUAUGUAUUUGCAUGUGUAAAGUGCAACAAAGUAUAUAUGUUGAUGAUGUGUCCCCAAGUUAAAACAGAAAAGUAUAUAAACUGCUUUUGAUGUAUUGAAGACAUUAAGGCUGCAUAUACUGUAGAGCUCUACAUUUUGUGAAUGGGAUUCAUAAACGGGCAGAAGAUUAAAUAUUUAAAGAUGAGUGUUUUCCCACUGUGGAUAUCCAUAAACUCAGAAUAAAAGAGCACUUUUUUAUUAAA